AUGGUUGUACUUCCUAUCAUCGGAUCAAUUCCUUGCAAACAAGCAUAUGAACCACUUUACAGCGUGACACCUAACAUGCUAUGUGCUGGUUUACCAGAAGGAGGCAAAGAUUCUUGCCAGGGUGACAGUGGAGGACCUCUGGUUCAUAAUGGAAGACUUGCUGGAGUGGUGUCCUGGGGUCUUGGUUGUGCACGUCCACAUUAUCCUGGUGUUUAUACCAAAGUGUCAGCUUUGAGGCGAUGGGUCGACCAAAGUAGCACUUAUUUACGACAAAGGCAUAGUUACGAU